CGCUGAAGAUCCCUGACCAGCUCGACCUGGGAAAAAUCCAUCAUCCGCGGAAAGCUGUCCUGCAGCCGCGCGAGCAAGCUCCUCACCACGCCAUAUCUAUCGGUACCAGUACUUGCUGACCUGCCUGCCUGUCGAGCUGGGCACCACUUGGCUCCGCCAGCAGCGCAAAGCCGCCUCCAAGGCUAGCAGCUCGACAUACCUGCCUCUAGCUCAUGGCUGUCGCUUUGCGUAUUCAACCCAGCUGAUUUCCUCUUGCGGCGCCCCUCGAUGCGACCAGCUAGACCGGGCGAGCACUCCACCAGCUAGCCAUGGCUGCUCCCUCGGACCGCACAUAUUCCCCCCCUCUCGAGGAGUGUCUGAAGGGUGAAAAGAUCCUGCUCUCCUGGAAGGCUGUAUCUUCUUCUCUGGCCGACCCCGGCCGCCUCUCCUCGCCCGCCGUCUCGUCCUUCCUCGCCGACCAGUUCGUAGAAGGCCUCCUCAGAGACCCCGCCAAGGUCUUCGAGCCGCCCAGCGUCCAGUCCAAGGCCGAGUUCGAGACGAAAACGGCCGCUAUCAACGUCACCCCGGCCCCCAAUGAGGCCUUCGACCUCGCCCAGAUCAAAAGCGACGCCCUCUGGCUGAGCACAGGCGUCGCCCUCAACGAACCCGCAGCGCUGCGCGUCGUUGUCGCCGAGUUCCAGGCCCGCAGCGCCAGCCACCUGAGCGGGCCUCUCUCGGCCCAAGAUGUUGCAAACUUGCACGAGAUUGUCGGCCAGCAAGCCUCCCAGGGCGCCGGCCUGCUGUCGACUCUCACCGCCGCGAGCCACGCCGAUGCCGAAGCAAUCUGGACCGACUUCCAACGCGAGGAGAGCCGGCGGCAGCGCAUCCUCCAGACGUACCUGUCCGAGCGCCGGCAUUUUACUGCCGCCGCUGAGUACAAGACUGCUCGCAUGUUGGAGGGAUCUACCACUGCCGAAAGGCUGCCGGAAGCUCAGCAGCGCGAGCUUCUAGAGAAAGCCUGUCCCGCUUGGCUGAGUUAUAUGUCAGAGUGCAUAAAGCGGUUCAUAGCUGGCCCUGAGGCAAACCUACAGGAGGCGCAAUACCGCACAGACGCGCUGGCCGUAGACUGGAUCCGGACCUGCCUGACCGAAUCCGCGCAUGCUGCCGCUAUAAUGCUCCAGAUCCUAGCUGACUCGUCCAAACACACAUUUGCGCCACCAGCGCUCGUCAGCCAGUGGUUCUCCCUUGUCGCUGAGUACGCGUUCCUCGACGCACUCUCGCCGGCAGACGAAGGUGUGGCGGAGCUUGCCAUGCCUCUCAAGUGCCUUGUAUGUGCCGUGUCAAUGGCGCUGCUCAACAUUCCCAGGUCGAUGGCUUUUCUGGACCAGGAUCUGGAGCUCGGAGAGGACGAGGAGGCUUAUCUCCAGGAGGCCGACGUCCUUUUACAGAUCCACGGCGCGAUACAGGGCGCGGCGGAUAACAGCCUAGUCUCGCCGACGCCCGUCGUCUUUAUAUGGACACUACUUCUGCAUCGCAUGUACUCGGCAUACCAGGAGCGGGCCGAGAGGAGGGACCUGGCGCAAAACCAGCGUGCACAGGCUGGCUUCGAACUUGAUGGCCAUCCCCAACCUGGCCUCACCCGGCGCAACUCGGCCGGCAGUAUCAUCUCGUUGGAGGCUCGCAGCUACGACCACUUCCUGGUCACGGCCUCCAUGUCACAGGACCUACAAGUUGUCGAGGGUUUGGCCCAGGCUGCCACCGCUGGUGGCUUGGUCUAUGAUGUCCUUGCAAGCUUUGCCUCGUGCGCUGGCAGCGGGCCCGAGGCAGCAUUUGCGCGCGAGAUUGGCGCCAAGGCACGAUGCGUUUUCCUGGACCUCCUGAAGUUCACUUUCCACUUCGUGGGUUACAAGUCGGAGCCGCUGGCAUGCCUGUUCGCGAUUCUCUCCGAGGAUAACAACGAGCCAGGCCCCGGCCCCGGCCCCGGGGUCGAAUCCCCCGCCGACGUCGUCCUGCAGGACCGGGACCUGCAGGACUCGUACGUGCGCGAGGCUCUCAACCGAUAUCCCUACGAGUACACACCCUUUACAAACAUGUGCAAGCUCCUGGCUGCCCGUGCAGGCGACGAGGAGUCGUCGGGCAUGGUGACGGAGCAUCUUCUUAAGACGCCGACGUUGACUUUUAUUCUGCCCGAGGAUUUCCAGGAAUAUCAGCUAGUUCAGGAGGAGGAGAAUGCCAACGCGAUCCAGAUAAUGGAGGACAUUCCGCUUUUCGAGUCGGGGUCGUCCUUGUGGAGGCGACGACCCGACGACCACGAACCCUUCUGUCUUGCCGCUGGCUCGUACGGGCGCUUCAUCACAGACAGCGGCAGGCUUGUGAUGUUCGACUUCGAGCACUCUGCGCUGGCGCUGAUGGGGAAGCGGCUCGAGGUGUAUCUGUCUCAGCAAGCUCACAGGUCAAUUCUCCAACCACUCGGCGCGGACGAGGUGGCCGAGACCGUCUCCCUCCUCACUGCUCUGGUCCGCCGCGAGACGAAGAUGCAGGGCCCGCAAGCCGGUAUAUCCAUCCUCCAAGAGACGAGCAAGGCUGUGUCCCGGACCAGGGACGUCAUCGCCAUCGUAUGCGGCAUUCUUGAUGGCGCCAUUCAGAACGACUCGGCCAGCAGCGAAGCCGCGUCCUCGAUCACAGUCCUCUACGAGUGCGUGCGCUUCGUGCACACUGUCAUGCCCCUGUGCCCUGGCCGCGUCUGGUCGUAUAUGGCUAGGUGCGAGCUGCUGAACACCGAGGCCCACGCCGGCAGGCUGUCCCGCAUCACCGGCAACGCCGAGCUGAGCGCGGACCGCUUUCUCUUCCUCGACUCCACCAUCCGCCUGCUGUCGGAUCUGGUAGACAGCGCCAUGGAGAGCUCGGUUCGCCGCAAGGUUGUCAUCGCCAAACCAGGUGCUCUGCAGCAUACGGGAAGCGACGGCAGUCUCGGCAGCCUCUGGGUCGGCAUCUCAGACAAAAUCCUGGCCCAGGUGGCGCUCUCUACCGCGCAGACGGCCAUGGACAUGUUUGAAAACUCGUCGGCCUGGAGAUACACGUCGGGCCUCCACCACAGCACCAUUGUUGGCCAGCUCGCCCAAGUGCUAAACAAGCUGGUGGUGUUCACUUACAGCAUCGACGACUCGAACCAGCGCCUGACCGAGUGCCUUGCCCCGGCGGCGGGAUACGUCGUUGACUGUUUCCUGUCGUCGUCUUCGGCCGGCCUGAAAUUCCACCCCCUGCUGUUAACGCUGCUGGCGGCCCUGGAGAUGCCCGAAUCGUCCGGGCUCUACCCACGGGCGGCGGAGACCCUCUCGUCCCGGCUUGCAGCCGUCCUGGAGCUGGGGACGUCGCUCGUCAAGGCCGCCACUUCACUCAACAAACCGACAACAGUUCUAGAGCUGCAGCUCUUUAAGGCAAGCUCUCUCCUCGCACGGCUAUGUGCCGUCAGCGAGCGCUUCCGAGCUCCGGCGCUCGGCCUUCUGGAGGCCGUUGUGACGAGCGCCGAGGGCGUGGUGGAUAGCGAGCCUCCAUCACUUCUCGGUUACCUGGGUCCCCAGAUCUCCAAGUCGUUCCUCAAGCUGCUCUCGCGGCUGGACCGCCCGUUCGACCGUCCCGGCGAGACGACACGACUGUGGAAGCUGCUCUCGACCAUAGUACGCAGCAGGCAGCGCUGGCUGGCGAGCUGCCUGCUGACGGGGAGCGUCCCGCGCGACGCCUUCAGUGCUGACAGCAAGACAGGUAAGACGUCGCGGGUACGCAAGGACUCGGUGCUCGCUGCGGCGCGAGACAGGCUGCAGGAUAUAUCAUCAAUACCCAGCGAGGAGGCGCUUGCGGUGCUCGAGUUCUUCACAGCGGCACAAAACCAUUGGCCCUGGGCCAUCUUCGCCAUGCUCAAGGACAGCGCUCACGUCGACCAGCUCCGCAAGUACGUGCGCGAGCUGAAGUCGUCGACGGCCAUAGCCAAGACGAGCCCGGGCGAGGCGGCGAACCAGGCUAGGAUAGCGGCAUACAUUGCCGAAACGUUUGCGAUGCAACUGUACCACCUACGGCAGACGGGUCAGGGGAGCUCGUUUGCACAGCAGCUGUUGCAGGACCUGGACUACUUCCUGCGGGACGGCAUCCAGGUUUCGGGGUACAACACGUCCCUCCACGUCAACUUUGCCAAAAACUUUGCAACCCGCUACAACAAGAUCCCACCCAGCGCCUUCAAGCGCACGCCUUUUGCGCCGCGGGAGCUGGGCAAGCAGUACUACUACGCCCUCGACCUUGCCCAGCAGAUGCUCGAUUUUGACGCGGGCUGGGUUGGCCCGCGAGACAGCGGCUUCAGGAGUGAGAUGGAGAUGGUCAACCUCAACCUCUCGCUGGUCGAUGGCCAGAUAGCUCUCUUCCAUGCUUGGGAGUUUCUUCUCCUGGAGCUCAGCGUGUGCCUCCUGCCCAAGAACAAGAACAUGGCUGUUUUGAUGACGCAGGUGGCAGGGCAGUGCUUGUCGGCGAGUCACAGCCCGAAGGGUCCGGAGCAGAUUUUCAUCAGUCUCAGCAAGGCUCAGGCAAAUCUGGCCCUGACUCUGGUCCAGCGGCUAGCGGACGCGUCGGAGCUUAGCAAAGAGGCACCGCAGCUGCUUGGGACGCUAUGGACGACGCUGAAUGGGGUUGAUGACCCCUUCGGAGCCAGUCAAGUCGAACACUACCGGACACUGCUGAAGACGCUCUACGUGAUCCUUCGCGGCUGUCGCCGGGCGGAGGCGUCAGUGGCGGUGACGCAGAACGUGCUCGGGAUCCUGGACCGGGUCGUGGGCCAAGGGUUUCGCACGCUCGUGGCGCUGAUCCACGAGCCCGACACAACGGUGGCGUCGGACGACGUGGCGCUCAUAACGGCUAUCCUGCAGGCGUGCCUGGCUGUGCCCGGCGUGGACGAGUGUAGCACACAGGUGCUGAACCUGAUGGCGUCGCACGACGUACUCCAUGUCGCCAUGUCGCUGUUCUCGUGGUCGGACCGGCUGGCGGACGGUGGUGACCCUGUCUAUGGCGAGCUGAGUCUCCUCUUCCUGCUCGAGCUGUCGGCCGUGCCGGCCGUGGCGGAGCAGCUGGCGUUGGACGGGCUACUCGGCCACGUGACGUCGGCCAGGGUGGCCAACCUGAUGAGGCGGCCCAACGUGUCGCCCUUUGCCAGCGCCGUGGGCGCGCAGCGCUGCUACAGCAUCUGGGCCAAGGCGGUGCUCCCGCUCAUGAUCAACAUCCUGGGCGCGCUCGGCGCCACCAUCGCGCCCGAGGUGGCGUUUGUGCUGAACUGGUUCUCGGGCCUGCUCGAGUCGAGCGUGCGGCGGUUCGAGUCGCCCGGCGCCAGCCGGACGGCGAGUCGGGACGGCCCGCGCCACAUCACGCUGCUCGCCGUGUCCGAAGUGCACUCGCUCGCCCUGCUGACGCGGGUCCUGGACGCGCUGCGGCUCAGCAACAACCGCGACAUCCCCGAGGUGCCCUGGGACGCGGCGUCGCUCCUGGAGCACGUCGAGUUCCUGCUCACGCGCCCGAAUCUCCUGCGCGAGCGCCUGCUGCCGCUGGGCAACCGGGAGAUCGAGUGGCGGGCCACCAAGGCCGCGGGCGGCGACGGCGCCGAGAGCCGGCUCGAAGAGAAAGUGGUUUCGCUCUUGGACUCUGUCAAGACGAUACUGAGCGACGAUGUGGAGUAAAGUGACGACGACCGCAGACAGGGGGUUUUCUUUCUGCAUCAUUUGCCUCGAUAUGACAUGAACAAUGAACCCCAUCGCGAGCCCCAUGUUGGUUUAGUUUUGUCGUUCCCUUGAUCGCCCCCCACCACCACUAUAGCCUCCCCUUUUCUUUCUCGUUGACCCUUUUCAUGGCGGGUUGGAGUUUUGCGACUUGGAGAAAAGCAAGGAUGGGUGCAGAUAGAAGAUGGAUGAUGUUUUGGUAUACCCAAGUGCAGAUAGUCCGUCAUCCGUCGGAAAGCUUUUUUUUAAUACCCAGGAGCCAUCCGAUUUCCACCAAGGCGAGAGCCCAACAUCACUGCCCGCCAGGUCCGUGGAUCCAUAUUUAUGCCUGCCUUGUGUCGGAUUAAUAUGGGUUCAGUCAUCUAUUAUCCCUUUUGUUUUUCAUGUAAAGUACCAAAGUGGAAAAAAUCCAAUGGAAAAGAGACAUGGAAACGUCAACAUGAGAGAGUUGUUACAGAGUGGG